GAUGUCAAAUAGGAUUUUGAGAUGACUGAGAUGUGUCAAACAGGAAGUUUUCUUUGAACAAAUAGGUCAUACCUUCUCUGCUCUUCAAACACCACCUCUGCCACUGAAGAGUUUGAAUGUACUGUCUUCUUAGGAAACAGAAUGAAUACAGCUAAAUGGUUUCGUUCAGUCUAUGAACAUACAACUCUGCCUGCUAUUUACACCACUGGUUUCAUCAUUGGUCUGGGAGCUAAUGUAUGGGGACUAAAGUCUCUGCUGCAGAAAUGGAAAAUUCUUGGACACAUUAAUGUGUUUCUUCUGAACCUUGGAAUUGCCAAUUUUUUGUUCCUGCCAACUCUCCCAUUUUUCGCAACAUACUACUUUAUGGGGAAUAAAUGGAUCUUUGGUGAAGGCUUUUGCAAGAUCACAAGAUUCUGCUUCAACUUGAAUUUAUACGGCAGCAUUGGAUUUCUUACCUGUAUAAGUGUGUACAGGUACCUGGCUAUUGUCCAUCCAAUGAAAGUGAUGGGAAGAAUAACUGUGACUCACUCUGUGGCUAUCUCAGUCGUGGUUUGGCUGUUGGUGAGUGUUCAAAGUCUUCCAGAUAUGUUCUUCCCAAAAACCUCUGCAAAUAACACUGAUACAAAUAGAACUGAAAAAUGUCAUCAUACCACCACUCCAAAGUAUGUUGAAGAUUACCUGAAAUACAGUGUUGGUUGGACACUCACUGGGUUUGUUAUCCCAUUCCUUAUCUUACUUGGCUCCUAUGGACACGUGACUCUUGUUCUCUGCCGCAUUAAUACCAUUGAUAAGGUGGUGAAACAAAGAAGCUUAAAGUUAAUGUUCAUCUUGAUUUUGCUCUUCUCAGUUUGUUACAUCCCCUUUCAUAUUUUUAAGAACCUCAGCCUUUAUUCAAGAGUACUUAAUUCAAAAUACAAGAAGUAUCCAACAUGGGAUGAGGGAGUCUUUGGUGCUCAUCAGAUCAGUCGUGGUCUUGUGUGUCUGAAUAGUGUUUUGAACCCCCUGGUUUACCUCCAUGUCAUGGAUAUUCCUGCUCAAAUCAGACAGAUGCUUCAGUGGUCUCAUCAGAUAUUUACUCGUUUCUUUCUGUCAAAGUACGCCAAUGUACCUGUGGCACAAAGUGCAGAUGUUUAACAGGAGUUUAGCAUGAAUGAUUGAGUUUGAGUUUGUUUAUUAUACUGUGCUUCAUCCAGUUAAUUAUUGCUCUCUUUUCCUGUAACAACAGUUUGGGCACAAGUUACUAUAUAAAUGUAUAUAAAUACUUUUAUCUCUUUUUGUUCUGUUGCCUUGUAUGUUGUGAAUAACUGAAACCCAGUGGAACACAUUUUCUAUUUUGGUUUAAAACACAUUGUCUUUAUUUUUUAUGCAUGAUUGUAAUUGCUCUGAAUAAGCUUCACUCAUUUUGACGGAGUCAGUAUCAACAACCAGUUGCUAAUGAGAUUAUUUUUCUAAAAUAAUAUGUAACUUUGUAACUUUGAAAUAUGUAUUAUUUAAACACCUUACACCAACAACUUUUACUUCAAGAAUAGAUCAGGAGAGAGCACUGGCAUACUACUAAAAUUUGUUUCAUAUUUAGUGCAUUUUUAAUUGCUGCCUCACAGACUGCUUCCGUGCUCUUAUCAAAUGUUUUUUAUAGGUGUGGCUGAGUGCGUGUGGUACAAACCACAGAAAAGCAGCAGUCAUUGUACAACUGUGACACUGACACCUUUAAAAACUGACUGCAUUGUACAUUACAUUGUAUUUAAUUCUUUUAAACACUGCAUUCUUUUCAUUAUUGAUGCGUUGGAAUUAGUGGUCACAUAUCUGUGCAUAGAUCAUGUUAAACAUGUUCAAAAUAAACUGAUCAUUUAGAUAAACUUGCACUUGUUAUGCCUCGUUGUGUUGGAGUAAUAAGAUGAUUGUUACUGUCGGGGUGGGGGAUGAAACCAUGCUCUGCAGGGUUUCUUUCUGUUUAAACACCUGUUAGGGAAAUGUUGGUCUCCUGAUAAUACAAGUAACUCAGAUUGUUAUUAUUAUCCUGUAUUAGCUUCAAAUACUUAGCCAAAGCCACUAUCAAUGGCAAGUUGUUAAUAUGAACAUUCUAUUGACAACAGAAAUUCUACAGUUAUCCUCCAACAUUUCAUGAUUUCAACACUUAAAAGCAAGCAUGGCAUCAUGAAAAUUUCGAGCCCAUUCUUUACAUUUCCAUUUACUUUUGUGUGAUUAGUAAUCAUCCUCAGAAUGCUGGCUGUCAUUACAGAUGAUGUAGUGACUGUUGACAAAGAUACAUUUGUUGUUGCUACGAAACCGAAAGCACUUUGUGGAUGUUUGGGGCUAAAAAACCCCCCAAUAGUUACUUCCUCUUGCAAUAAUAAUGCACAGCACAGUUUUAAGAAGAGGUCAGGGAUUACAGCUUCGCUGCCACAUAACUCUAACAGGCAGUCAUGCUUAACCCCUAAUUACUAGUUUGGUCAACCAUGAACAGAAGAUACAUGGUACUCUAUUGCAUAUUUGCUCUGGCAAGACUUAAACAAGUGAUGAAAAGCAUGAAAGUGUUUAAACUUUGAAAUUAAACAACCCAGAAGGGUAUAGAAGAGCGAUGGUUCAAUCAAAUAACGGGCUCUUUUAACUUCCUCAUUUCUUACUUUUAUCAGCCAAGCAUGCAGGAUUUAACACUUUAACAAGGGAAAUUGCUUCAUUGCUGCCUACAGCAUGAAAACAUGCAGAGCUUUCUGCUUGUUUGUGUACAGCAACAAAUGACCCUGCUCAAGGCCACAAGCCAAAACACGUUGGUCACUUCAUAAAGUUGUUCCCUGUUACUUUAAGUGUGGCUGGAGUCUUCACAUCAUCAGAUUGUUUGUGUGCAGCACCCUGUAAGCUACGAGCAGAUCCAUGUUAGGAAGGGGUUAGGGAUUACAGCUGUGCUGCCACAUUUUCAAGUUACAUGGAAUUUAAUUUUAUGCUACACUCCAAUGAAGCAACAAGCAAACCACUGGUACAUUCAUAAAUUGAUUACAUGGAAAGUGCCAAAGAAAUGUAUGCACCUUUGUGCCAACACUUCUAAACAUCUGAGGUCUCUGUUUUGACACAUGGGCAUAAGAUGAAUGCAUGCCAGAGCAAGUAUGGAAAACAUACACAGAGGUAGAUCUUAGAGCAUCAAGUCGCAAGUUCGAUUCCCAUCCAGUAAGGAUCCUGGCUAGACCCCCCCCCCAUGCUAAAAACCAAGCCCUGGAAUGGCACGGCUAUGUCUGCAGCCUGUCUGCAGCUUGGACACAAAACAUUUCACUCUAUGUUGUACUCUGUAUGAUUGUGUAUGUGAUGAAUAAAGCUUGUUUGUUAAGUGGAAA